CCCGCCCGCCCGCCCAGCCCUCCCUUCCCCGCACGCAACACCACACCGAGAUGACCACGUCGCAUCGGCCAACCUUCCACCCGGCCAUCGCCACCUCCGGCGUGGCUCCCGGGGCCAACACCACCGUCUCGGCCAAGGACGGCAACCUGGUGCCGCUGAAGUUCCGCGACAGUGGCGAUGCUCCCGCGGUGCCGGCCACCGCUGGUGGCGGCGAGGUUUUCGGCACGGUGAAGCCCGCCCCCGUGGAGGGCGCCUCCUCCUCGGAUGAUGAGGAUGCUGGUCAGCCCCCCCGGACGUCGCUCGGCGACGCGCUGGCCGCCACGGCAUACGUCGAGCGCGCCAUGGGGUCUCUCAAUGAUGCUAGCCUCCUGCCGAGCGACCUGUCGGAUGGCGAUUUCUCCGACCUCGAGCAGUUUUCCAAGCUGGAUGCCGAUGUUGUUUACGAAGCCGACGAGGAGGUGUCCUCGCGCAAGCGCCCGCUCGCGGACCGCCGCGAUGCCGCCGGCCCGAACAAGCGCCCCGCCCCGGGUUCCCUGUCGGACGAGGAGGGCCCCGCGGGUGCCGCCGGAUCCGGGCGAUCGAGCGACGAGGAUUACAACGACAGUGCUGCUGACGAUGAUGAUGAUGAUGAUGAUGACGACGACGACGACGACGAUGAGGCGGCCCUGCAGCGCGAGCUGGAGGCCAUCCGUCGUGAGCGCGCGGCCGCUGCCCAAGCCAGGGCCGACCAGGAGCACGCCGAGCGCGAGGCCGAGCUUGAUCGCGAGGCGCUCACCGCCAAUCCCCUGCUGCAGCCCGGCGCCGAGGGCGCUUCCUUCCAGCUGAAGAAGAAGUGGUAUGAGGACACCAUCUUCAAGAAUUGCACGCGCGACGAUCAGGCCGAUGCGAACAAGGAUCGCAGCUAUGUCAAUGACAUUCUCCGGUCAGACUUCCACCGCAAGUUCAUGAAGCGGUACAUCCAGUGA